CAUUGUUGCCAUUUACUAUAGUUUUUGAAAGCAUGGUUUGGGAUAAAUACCAAACUUCAUAUAACCAAAGAGCAUGUUAUAAGUCGUUAGUCUUCGUCCGUGACUGUGGCAGAUAUGGGACUUUCCGCUGUAAAACGAUAUAAAUAGUUUACUUUCGGUUUCAGUUACAGACAGAUAGACUCGGUCGACGUUUGAGCUAGCAGGCUGUUGGGAUUAACUAAAAACAAUGAGUUUGUAAGAGAAAUAUCGGUGUCAGAUUCCGUCCUCAGGCUAAUUUCAAACCUUCACAUCAGACUUGGUUGGUCGAAAGGAAAUAAUCUGGGCAUUAUGCAAAAAAUGAGCUACUUCUCCCCCCUACUGUUCGUGUGCCUGGAUGUGUGUGUGGUGCACGCCAUCCGCUUGGCCCAUAUCUCAUCCGCCAUAGUCUUUCAUCCGUUCAUCACCCUGUGGGGAGGAGGGUUGGCCAGGGCUUGCCUCCUCGCCCUCUUCACCCUUACCUCCCCUGGAAGCCUGCUGUGGAUGAGGAGCUUCGAGGGGAUUCAGAGCUUAGCGGUCCUUUGCUUCCACUUCCCUGUGUUCAUCACUCUUCUCUGGGCUCUAGAUCAGUCUACCUUGGAUGAAGUGUGGGGGUGGCACUCCUGGGAAAGGGUGUUACAGGGUUAUGUUGUGACGGCAGUGGCAUGGCUUUACUGGAGUCGAUAUGUGUCAUCACUUUUGCUCUCAUGUGGUCAAUACAUCUCCUCUCUGAUGAAGAAGGCGCCAUCUGAGAAGCCUAAGGAAGACACCUGUGACCCUCUGAAGAGGCUGAUGGGAUACAUGCAGCCUUAUUUCUGGCGCUUUGUCUCUGUGCUGACUCUUGUAAUCCUCUCUUCUUUGGGUGAGAUGGCCAUCCCUAAAUACACUGGUCGUGUGGCGGACUGGAUCAUAAAUGAAGAAACACCAGAUGCAUUCACAGAGGCCAUCACAGUCAUGACACUUAUGACUUUUGCCAGUGCUGUGCUUGAGUUUGUAUGUGACCUCAUGUACGUCGUCACCAUGAGCUGCAUACACACCUCAGUGCAGGGGGCCGUCUUCCAGGCUGUGCUGAAACAGGAGAUUGCUUUCUUUGAGGCAACUACAACAGGUGAACUAGUGUCCCGGGUUACCACGGAUACCAAUGACAUGAGUGAGGCUCUGAGUGAGAAACUAAGUCUUGUGAUGUGGUACACGGCGCGUUUGGCCUUCCUCAUGUUCUUCAUGGUGAGCCAGUCAUGGAAAAUGUCUCUGCUUACCUGUAUGGGACUGCCCAUCAUCUGGGUCAUACCCAAGCUCAUUGGACACUUCCAACAGACUAUUGCUGUAAAGGUUCAGGAGUCUCUGGCUAAGGCCAACCAGGUGGCCACGGAGACUUUCUCCAACAUGAAGACGGUGAGGAGCUUUGCCAACGAAGAUGGACAGACAGAGAGGUACAGAGAGCGGCUGGAGGACACUUACUCUCUCAACAAAAAGGAAGCACUGGCCUAUGCAACCUCUACCUGGGCUAACAGUAUGACGACCUUGGCCCUGAAGGUGUGCAUUCUGUACUAUGGAGGGACUCUUGUGACCAGGGGGCAGGUCAGCAGUGGAGACUUGGUGUCAUUCGUCCUCUAUGAGCUUCAGUUUGCCUCUGCUGUAGAGGCUGUCAUGCAAUAUUACCCGGCAGUGAGGAAGGCGAUUGGUGCCUCUGAGAAAAUCUUUGAAUAUUUAGAUCGCAACCCUCAAUUACCAGCAAACGGCACUUUGUCCCCCAAAGAUCUUCAGGGACACAUUCAGUUCAAAGAUGUUACAUUUUCCUAUCCCGGGAGUACAGACAAUAGCAGUCCUGUGCUCAAGGAAGUUUCUCUGGAUAUAAAGCCAGGCCAAGUCACUGCCAUCGUUGGGCUCAACAAAUCGGGGAAGUCCACCUGCGUCAAGCUGUUGGAGAGAUUCUACCAGCCCCAAGCAGGGGAGAUCCUACUGGAUGGGAAACCUCUGACAAACUACAAAGACCAGUACCUACGUGACAAGAUUGCUGUGGUGAGCCAAGAUUGUUUGCUGUUUGCUCGCUCUGUGCGGGAGAACAUCAAGUACGGCCGCGAGGAUGCCUCUGAUGAGGAUAUGUACAUAGCUGCCAAGCUGGCCAGUGCACACGACUUCAUCAUGGAGCUGUCAAAGGGAUACGACACAGAUGCCGGGGAGAAGGGAGGCCAGGUGUCAGGAGGACAGAAGCAACGCAUCGCCAUUGCCAGAGCUUUAAUCAGACGUCCCAAAAUCCUGAUCCUGGACAACGCCACCAGUGACUUGGACGCAGAGAAUGAAUAUCAGGUGAAGCAAGCUUUGUUGAACCAAACCAACAACUGCACCGUGCUGUUGAUAUCCAACAGGAUGAGUGUUGUAGAGAAGGCCAAUCAUAUAUUUGUCCUCGACGAUGGUACGCUGAAGGAGGAAGGCACUCACGAUGAGCUGUCGAGGAAAGGCGGCCUUUAUGCUGAACUGUUAAGAAAGCAGAAUAUGGGCUUUCACCGUCAAGAAGAGGUGAAGAAUGAUGCUCAGUGAUACGUGCGUGCAGGGGUUGCCCUCAAAUCAGAAAAGCAGACGUGUUACCGGAAAGUUGCUAGUUAAAAAUCAAGACAUGAAGAGGCAAAACUCCAGCUUUAAAUAACGACUGAGUUGUGAGACCAAAAUGUAUACAUCAAAGAGUCUUUGAGUUUUUGGAAAAGGGCUACGUGGAGGUGUGUGGCGCAGUGGGUUGUGUGUUGGUGUUCGGAUCAGGGGGUCAAAGGUUCAAACCCCACUGCAGUCAGCAUGUCGUUGUGUCCCUGGGCAAGACACUUCACCCAAAAUUGCUCCUGUGGGGACUGUCCACAUUAUUGAGUAUGUAAGUCGCUUUGGAUAAAAGCGUCUAACAAGUAACAUGUAAUGUAAUAAGUGUCAUGUAUUAUUAUUAUUAUUAUUAUUAUCCAUACAUACAAGUGUUGUGAGUAUUUGCCUAUUAGGAAUAUUUCCCUUCUUCAUGCCCCUUUGAAGCAGGUGGAGUUGCAAUAUGCCAAUGGGUGUGAAUAUGAAUCAUCCAAUCCAAUCCAAUCCACUUUAUUUCUAUAGCACAUUUUAAAAACAGAGGGUUUGCCAAAGUGCUUCACAACAAACAUAACAUUAUAGCAAAAUAUAAUAUUACAAGAAAUCAUCUUGAAGAUAGUUUAUCACACACUUCUUUGCUUCAUACACACGUUUUAUGUUGAUAUUCUGCAAAAAAAAAGCAGAAGUAAAUAAUAAGAUUAGAUUAGACUAUAAUCUUAAAUCCCUAUAAUCAUUUUAGAGAUUUAAGAUUGUGUGUAAUGAUGUGAUUGUAUAUAUUGUGUAUAUUGUGAUUGUUUUAUCAAAUAGGCUUGUUUGAUAGCUUUUCCCUGCAUUUCUAUCAGAAAAUGAACGAUUACAGUUUGAGCUUUUUUGUUUCUAAAAUUAUAAUACAUGGCUAAAAGGGCUGAAAUGUAGUUUUUUAAGGAAUUCUAUUUUUGUAAUGAUACUCAAACUACUGAUUUAUUCUGAAGCUUUAUGGCUUGACACAACUUAAAUAUGUGUACAUUAAAGAAACUUUUAUUUUAAGGAAAUUAUUUAUGGAUUCAUGGCAAACAUGCAACAAAGGUUUAAUCAAAUGCAUAAUAGAAGAAUAUCAUUUCCGAAAUAUCGCUAGCACUUCAACUUUAUUUAUGUUUCUGGUUUUUUACAUGUUCACCUGAUCCUGUUGGUCUUAAUGCAAAUAUGUUUGUACAUACAUGGUAAAUUGUUUAAAAAAAAAAAACAUAAUAAUUCCACCAUUCCCUGCAGACAAAAUUAGUUCAUUUGUUUAAGUAAAGUCGUAAUUGUGAACACUUUGAAGCCAUAAUGUAAAAAAUAAAAAGAUUCAACGCUG